AAACUGCUACAUUCUAAUCAACCAAGGUCCGAAGAGCCCAAAAUGUCUUGUAUAAAUCCAAUGAAACUCUCAGCCAACGCCGGUGUAGUUCUUGCACUAUGGUGCAUGAUAACGCUAACCGCGGGGUCCAUUGACUGCACUACGGUCUCAUCCCUAACCGCGAGGUGCAUGGAUUUUGUAGUCUACGGUGGCAUGGCCCCAGGCCUGGGCUCACCGUGCUGUAGCGGGCUAGUGGGCCUCUACAACGUGGCGGCGACCUCAGUUGACGAGAGACGAAUUGUUUGCAACUGUUUAAUGGGCCUUAUAACUGCCAACAACUCAAAUGCAAGCGAUAUAGCUCGGUUGCCUGGUCUUUGUGGCAUCUCUCUUGGUUUCACUAUUGAUCCCAACACUUCCUGCAAUAGCAUUUCUUGAACAUGAUUCAAGACUCAUAGACUUCAGGAGAUUUAUCAUUGUAGAUUAUGACAUCCAAGCAGACAAAGACGGCAAAGAAAUAAAUUGUUCUCAAUGUUCGCCAACUCAACUAUUAUGGUCUACAGAGGAGGAAAUAUGUAACCGCUACACUUUCCCUGUGGGAAAACAAACUAGUUGGUGAAUUCCAACUUAUCUUCAUGUAAUGCUGAAAUCAUAUAUAAUGUGCUUAGUAAUUACUUGCAGAA